AUGUCUGGUAGAAGAAGAGCAUAUCCACAGCCUCAAUAUGCUGCAGGACAACCUGCCGCUAUGGCUUCUCCUCAAAUGAACCAGUUCCAACAACCGCAACAACAACAACAACAAUAUGAUCCGCCUGCCGCUUAUGGGAUUGACCAGGCCCAGCAACAAUUCCAACAAAUGAAUAUUGGAGGAGGAGGUGCUGCAGCACCUGGAAUUCAAUCUCCAAAUUCCGGAGCAGCCCAAGUGAAUCAAUUCCAAUACCAACAACAAUACCAACAACCUCAACAAUCUCCAGCUGGUCAAACUCCUCAGCUCGGCUAUGAUCCAUAUGGUGCCCAACCACAAGCAUCCACUGGAUAUGGCCUGGCUUAUGGCUCGGUUGGAGGACAAGCUGGUGGUUCUGCUGCUAUUCCCUUGAAUCAAUUAUACACCACAGAUUUGUCUAGGGAAUUACCACCACCAAUUUCUGACUUAUCAUUACCUCCACCACCUUUGGUAUUACCUGCCAAUUCCACCGUGAUUCCUAAUUCAGAAACUGCCAAUGCUAACCCUGAUUAUUUCAGAACCACUUUGAAUGUUGUUCCAACCAACAGUGGUCUUUUGAAGAAGUCUAAAUUGCCAUUGGCUUUGAUUGUGAAGCCAUACAAUGCCCUUAAGAUUGAUGUUGAAAAUAUUCCAGUUACAUGUGAUACCACCAUCAGUAGAUGUCGUCGUUGUCGAGGUUACAUCAAUCCAUUCAUCACUUUUGCUGAAAACGGAAGAAGAUGGAGAUGUAACUUUUGUAACUUAUUGAAUGAUAUUCCUGCCGCAUUCGAAUACGACGAAAUUAGUGGAACCAGCAAGAACAAAUAUGAUCGUGUUGAAUUGAACCAUUCAGUCGUGGAAUUUAUUGCUCCUAAGGAAUAUAUGGCCAGAGCUCCUCAACCUGUUGUUUACACAUUUAUAAUUGAUGUCAGUGUUCAUGCCGUCCAAAGCGGAUUAACUGGAACUAUCACCAGAACUAUUUUAGAAAGCUUGGAUCGUAUUCCUAAUCAAAACAAAACCGCCAAAGUUGCCUUUAUUGGGGUUGAUUCAAACUUGCACUAUUUCAGAUUUAAUGAAGGAUUAGACGGAACUGAAUUGAUGAUUGUCAGUGACAUUGAAGAACCAUUCUUGCCAUCACCAUCUGGAUUAUUGGUUAAUUUAGAUGAAAAUAGACAAGCUAUUGAAAAGUUAUUGUUGGAUUUCCCUACUUACUUUGAAGAUACUGCCAAUCAAGGAUUUGCUCUUGGUCCUGCAUUGAAGGCCGGUCAUAAGAUGAUUAGUAACAUUGGUGGUAAAUUGGUUUGUUUUGGUGCUACUUUACCUAAUAUUGGUGAAGGUAAAUUAAGCGUCCGUGACGAAGUUGGAGUUUCUGGUAAAGCUAAGGAAGCCAAGGCUCUUUUAACUGCAGCUGAUAGUUUCUAUAAAUCUUUUGCCGUUACUUGUAACUCAUGUCAAAUCACAGUUGAUUUGUUCUUGACAUCUCUGGCUUACCAGGAUGUGGCUACUUUAUCCAACUUACCUAGAUUUACUGCUGGUCAAACUCAUUUCUAUCCUGCUUGGACCAGUGCCAAAUUUGAAGAUGUUACUAAAUUGUCCAAAGAAGUUGGCGAUCAUUUAUCGCAAGAUAUUGCUUUGGAAGCAGUCUUGAGAGUGCGUGGAUCCACUGGAGUAAGAAUGACUUCAUUCUAUGGUAACUUCUUCAACAGAUCUUCUGAUUUAUGCUCAUUCCCUACUUUCCCAAGAGAUCAAUCGUAUUGUAUUGAAAUGAGUAUUGAAGAAAACCUUACCAAACCAGUAAUUUACUUCCAAGCUGCAGUAUUACAUUCUACUUGUUUUGGUGAAAGAAGAAUUAGAGUUAUGAAUCUUGCUGUUCCAACUUCUCCAAGAUUGAAUGAUGUUUAUGCAUCUGCCGAUCAAUUGGCAAUUACUAAUUACUACACCCACAAGGCUAUUGAAAAGGCUUUGAGUUCUUCAUUGCCCGAAGCAAGAGAAUAUUUGAUUAGCAGAGUAGUUGACGUUCUUAAUGUAUACAAGAAGGAAUUAGUGGCUGGAAAUGUUUCAGGUGCUUCACCAUUACAAAUAUCUACUAAUUUGAGAAUGUUACCAUUACUUUUGUUUACCUUGACCAAACAUUUAGGGUUCAGAGCCGACCGUGUUCCAAGUGAUCAUCGUGCUGCCGCCUUGAAUAACUUAGGAUCGUUGCCAAUUCCGGAAUUAAUCAAGUCCAUCUACCCUUCAGUCUAUUCAUUGCAUAACAUGCCUGACGAAGCUGGAUUACCUGAAGUAAUAACGACUGAAGAUGGACAAGAACAGGCCGUGGGUGAUAUCGUUUUACCAGACCCAAUCAACGACUCCAAGGCAUCUUGGGAAAACUAUGGAUUGUAUUUGAUUGAUAAUGGUGCCGAAUUAUUCCUUUGGGUUUCCGGAAAUGUUGUUCCAGGAUUAGUUCAAGAUUUGUUUGGUACUGAUAACUUAUAUGCUAUCCCUACUGGUAAGACUGAAUUACCAGAAUUUAGUUUCGAAGAAUCAGAAUUCAAUUUUAGAGUCAGAGCCAUUCUUAACAAAAUUAGAGACAAUAAGGAUUCUAUUGUUUGGAAGAAUCUUUAUGUGGUUGUGGGUGGAUCUUCCAAUGAACCUAUUGAAAUCAGUCAACAGAGGGACUUGAUGGCAUUAAGAAUGUGGGCUUCAAGUUGUUUGGUGGAAGAUAAGAGUGCUACCGAACCUUCAUAUAGAGAUUUCUUGACCAGUUUGAAAACAAAAGUUAGUCAAUAG